AAAAAAACAGCGAGAGAGCACCUGAGUGAUCGAACUUCAUCACGGUCACGGACCUUGCAAUUGCAUAAUCGCCGAAGAAAGACACUAGCGGUCAAACUCCAUAGGUACCCUGCCUUUCUUCUUCAAGGUUGCUUCCACAAUCUUCUUAUGUUAUCCAUCCUUCUUCGAGCUCCAGAAUCAGUGGCUUUUGUUCGAGCUUGCGGUUGAAAGUACGGUUUCUAGGAAGUUCGUCGAAGGGCCACAAACCUCUACGUUCAAAUGUAGUAGACAGGUUUCUAUGAGUUGAAAGAAAAGCUUAAAUUUUGUGUAUGGGGAUAGAUCUUGAGCAGCCAUCUGGAGAAUGUCAUGAGGAAGACAAUAGGAAUCUAGUACUUGCUGAUGCAGUUGAUGGUAUAAAUAAUAUCAAUGAACCCAGAAGCUCUUUAGAAGUUGUUGGAAAUGAUAACGAGAAUGCAGGGCCAGGUACCAAUGCUGAAUUAUUAAAUCAUGGAAAGGAAGGGUGCACUGGACAAGGAACCAACUUGAAUUCUUCAAAAAUACCAGAGCCUCAUGAUGGAAUGGAAUUCAAUUCAAAGGAGGAAGCAUUUUCAUAUUAUAAAGAUUAUGCAAAAUCUGUGGGAUUUACAGCUAUAAUAAAAGCUAGCCGCCGAUCUAGAAUAUCUGGAAAAUUUAUUGAUGCAAAAUUUGCAUGUAGCAGAUAUGGAAACAAGCAAGAACCCUGUGCAGCUGAAACUUCGAAUUCUCUUUCAAAAACAGAUACCAUACCAAGUAUUCCUGUAAAAAGGAAAAGAGGUAGAGUGAACUUAUCUUGGGCAAAAACAGAUUGCAAGGCCUGUGUGCAUGUCAAAAGAAGGCAAGAUGAUAUAUGGAUAAUCUGCAGUUUCAUAAAAGAGCAUAACCAUGAAAUUUUUCCUGACCAAGCCUUUUACUUUGCGGGACAUGGGAAUCUAGCUCUGAGUAGCAAUGGCGAUGCAUUACAGGUUACUAGGGCUAGAACAAAAAAUUUGUGUGUUAUGCCGAGAAAAUCUGAUGGAUAUAAAAAAGUUGACAAUAAGAAAGGUAGCAGUGGAAACCAUUCAGGUAAUAGACAGCAGUUGGCUUUAGAUGAAGCAGAUGUCCAUGCUCUGCUUGACCAUUUUAUGUGUAUGCAAGAUGAGAAUCCUAAUUUCUUUUAUGCAGUAGAUCUGAGUGAAGAGCUGCAAUUGAGAAGUGUUUUCUGGGUUGAUGCAAAAAGUAGGCUUGAUUAUAGACACUUUGGUGAUGUGAUUCUUCUUGACACCACGCAUAUCAAGAAUGAAUAUAAGCUUCCUGUUAUUCCCUUUAUUGGUGUGAACCACCACUAUCAGUUCCUGUUGCUAGGAUGUGCAAUUGUGUCGGAUGAGUCUAAAUCAACUUAUACAUGGGUGCUGCAGGCAUGGUUGAGGGCGAUGGAUGGAUGUUCCCCAAAGGUAAUACUUACAGACCAAGCCAAAGCUCUAAAAGAAGCUGUUACUGAAGUUCUUCCAGGAGUUCAUCAUUGUUUUUGUUUGUGGCAUAUCCUGAGCAAGAUUCCAGAAAAGUUAAGUCAUGUAACGCGGCAGCAUGCAAAUUUUAUGACGAAAUUUAACAAAUGCGUGUUGAAGUCUUGGACAAAUGAACAAUUUGAGAAGCGAUGGUGGAAAAUGAUUAGGAGAUUCAAUUUAAGUGAUGAGAAUUGGUUGUGCUCAAUUUAUGAGGAUCGUCAAUACUGGAUACCUACUUAUAUGGGAGACACUUUCUUAGCUGGAAUGUCUACAAGGAAACGUUCAGAAGCUAUAAACUGUUUGUUAGACAAACAUGUGCAGAGGAAAACUAAAUUGAAAGAGUUUUUAGAGCAAUACCAAGUGAUAUUACGAGGGAAAUGUGAAGAUGAAGCUAAAGCAGAUUUAGAAACUUUUCAUAAACAACCAGUAUUAAAAUCCCCCUCACCUUUUGAGAAACAAAUGGUGACAUUGUACACACGAACAAUAUUUAAGAAAUUCCAAAGUGAGGUAUUGGGAGUUAUUGCUUGCCAUCCAAAAAAAGAAAGUGAAAAUGGACCGAUAAAGAUGUUUAGGGUUCAAGAUUUUGAAGAUAAUCAACAAUUUAUCGUCUUGAGGAACAAUAUAACUUCUGAUACAUCUUGUUCAUGCCGUUUAUUUGAAUUCAAUGGUUUUCUUUGUAGGCAUGUAAUGAUUGUUCUACAAAUUUCUGGUGUACAUAAUAUCCCAUCUCAGUAUAUACUAAAACGGUGGACAAAAGAAGCAAAGAAUAGACAAAUAACAAGAGAGUUGUCUGAUGUGGGAGACUCUAGGAGGAAACGCUAUACUAAUCUAUGUCAGCUUGCGUUUGAGCUGGGAGAUGAAGGGUCUUUAUCACAAGCAAGUUACACUGUUGCUGUAAAUGCACUGGAAGAAGCAUUGAGAAAAUGUGAGAGCAUGAUCAACUCAACUAAGAGUAUCAUAGAACCAAGCCUACCAAUUCUUCGUUCUAAUCAUGUGACUAUAAGCAACUCUGCUUGUAAUAUGAAUGAAAAGGACAAUUCUUUGAAGAAAAGACAGGAACUUCUGGAGCCAAAAAUCAUUGCUAUUGGAAUUGAUAGCAGCUGGCAGCAAAUGGCCAACUCUACAAGAGCAGCAGGCCUUGAUUGUUCUUAUGAAUCACAACAAAGCAUUCAAGAAAUGGAUCAGCUGACCUCAAGAUCUCACAACUUGGAUGGCUAUUAUGCCACUCAACAUACUGUUUCUGGAAUGGGGCAAUUGAACUCAGUAGCUGCCAAUCGUACUGAUUAUUACAGCAACCAUAACAUCCAAGGCCUAGGACAACUGAACUCAAUCACACAUAUCCAUGAUGGCCGCUACCUAACUCCACAAGGGAUGGCAGAGUUACCUUUCAGACAACAAACUAACCCGAAUUGUUUUGAUGUUCAAGAUGGCUUGCGAAAUGUGUUGCUUCUACAUUGCAGGAACAGUCCUCUGAAGGAUCAUCACAUGUACUUGAGAUUGGAGCCAAACAACUCAACUCAAGGCACCUUUUGCAGUAGUUAGGUUGUUAACUGAUGAUGAGUUGUAGAUCGUCAUUUAUGUUCCGUGUCCUAUAUUUGUUAAAAGUAAAAUGCUAACCCGUUUAUCUGAUGAGCCUAAAUUGGUUUUAUCCCAUUCUGGCAUGGUAGACGCGUAAUGCACUGACCUGUAUUUUUUUUUUUUUUGAGAGCGAACCACCGACCUGUAUUUUAUUCUACUUCUUUUAAUAGAAAGAGAAAUUUUAUUAACAAGAGUUAUAGAAGAUGAGAAUGUAACAUCUCCAACUGGAGCCCCAUAAAUAAAGAUGAAAAAAAAAAUUUAAUUUAUGGGACAAGAUUUUAAAUUGAA